CAUCGAUUCGGAGCUGCUGACGCUGAUUCGAGUCCGUCCGUCAUCGUCACUCGUCAUUCUUCGCGACCCAUUACGACGUCAGGGAUUAUAUUAUCGUACACACUUUGCCCGUUCUUUAUUUGUUAACGGAAUAAGCAAUCGGAUAUUUUGAUUCACACACAUAGAAAUCGUGAAAGAAUUUAGAAACGACGCAUCGAUGGCUUCGACUAAGGUCGACUGGGGCCAAUAUGCCGAUGAACAGGACAAAUUGGCGUCGAAGGUGACAAACUUGAAUUUAAAUAAAAUAAGCCCAGCUGCGACCACUCCUCCUGUGUCUGUGAAUGAUUCAAAGAGUGAUGAUGAUACAUCGGAGGAACAAAUUUCGCCAGCGGAGAAAUCUCUUCUGCAAAAGAUUAUAAGGAAAGGAUUAGUUGAAACCACGAAAGAUGUAGAGAUUCAAAGAAAGGAUCCAAGUUCUCCGUUAUACAGUGUCAAAACAUUUGAUGCUCUUCAUCUCAAACCUGCGUUAUUGAAAGGAGUGUAUGCUAUGGGAUUCAAUGCCCCAUCUAGAAUUCAAGAAACUGCUUUACCUACUUUACUCGCUGAUCCACCACAAAAUAUGAUUGCACAAUCUCAAUCUGGAACUGGUAAGACAGCUGCAUUUGUACUUGCCAUGUUAAGUCGAGUGGAUCCUACAAAAGAUUACCCACAAGUACUUUGUUUAUCGCCAACUUAUGAAUUAGCGAUCCAAACGGGCGAAGUAGCGGCAAGAAUGUCACGCUUUUGCCCAGAGAUAAAAAUAAAGUAUGCUGUGAGAGGAGAAGAAAUAAGCCGUGGAUUAAAGAUUACUGAGCACAUAAUUAUAGGAACUCCAGGAAAAGUGCUAGAUUGGGGACAAAAAUUUAAAUUUUUUGAUUUAAGCAAAAUAUCUGUGUUUGUAUUGGAUGAAGCGGAUGUAAUGAUUGCUACACAAGGUCAUCAAGACCAAUGCAUUCGUAUCCAUAAAUUACUCCCACGUACAUGUCAAAUGAUGUUUUUCUCUGCGACAUAUGAACCAGAAGUGAUGAACUUUGCAGAGAUUAUAGUCAGUAAUCCAUUAAUAAUACGACUAUUAAGAGAAGAGGAAAGUCUAGACAAUAUAAAACAAUACUACAUUAAGUGCAAAAACAUAGAUGAAAAGUAUACAGCCAUUACCAAUAUCUAUGGUGUAAUAACAAUUGGACAAGCAAUUAUUUUUUGUCAUACUAAAAAGACAGCCAGUUGGUUGGCGGAGAAGAUGACAAAAGAUGGACAUGCAGUAGCGAUACUGUCUGGUGACUUGACAGUUGAACAAAGAAUUUCCGUGCUAGAUAGAUUUAGAGCAGGACUUGAAAAAGUUCUCAUCACUACAAACGUCCUAGCCAGAGGUAUCGACGUAGAACAGGUGACAAUAGUGGUUAACUUUGACCUGCCGAUGGAUCAAAAACGACAAGCCGAUUGCGAAACGUAUUUGCACAGGAUUGGCAGAACAGGUCGAUUCGGUAAAUCGGGGAUUGCCAUUAAUUUAAUUGAUUCACCGCACGCGAUGCAAUUGUGCAAAGACAUAGAGAAACACUUUGGCAAGAAAAUUCAUUACCUAGACGCAGAAGAUGCCGACGAGAUCGAGAAGAUUGGCGCUUAGAUAUAAAUAUAUAGCGAACAUAAGUAUGCUUUUUAUUAUGGAUAUAUCUACAUCUAAGCUUAAUAUAUAUAUAUAUAUAUAUAUAUUUUUUAAAAUGGA